AUGAUGCGCAAUAACGUCAAAAUAGUAUGGACAGAAGAAUCUGUGAUCGAGAAAACUGCAUUUCACUUAGCUCUUGCUAACACAAUGGGAAGAAGUGUUCAGAUUGCUAAAAUCGGUCGAAAAGGUUUUAAUGGUCGCAAAGCAUUGGCUGAUGUGAUUACCGAAUUUUUGGAAAUUAUUUCCCAUACUGUGCUUUUCAAUUAUAGUGGUUAUCCAGCUGAGAUGUUUGAUACUGUUAGCUACGGAGAUAUUUUAAUUCAUAAAUGCAGAGUGAAGGAAGUGUUGGAUUAUGUGAACGGUUCAUUACAAACAAUUCAUCGAUGGGUAAAGUUGGACAAGCUAUCCCAUUUUGCGGCAUGUAUUCUUGAUAAAGAGAACAAGGUGGUGAUAGAGGUCGUAAUAAUCAUUAUGGGUGUGCAAUAUUCUCAUCUCAGAGAUGUAUUAACAAGUGAAGCAGUUGAUAUGAAACGACAGUUCCAACAAACAAUUUUUUCACUCCAACGUGGAACAUAUAUCGAAAAUAUGAAAAAUAUCUUCCGACACGAAGAAAUACGCUUUGAAAUACAUACAAAACUUAGAGGUGGUUGCGAAGUAAAAUUGAAAAAACGAGCUUAUGAACCUAAAUGGGAAAAGUAUGACCAAUUUGCACCUGAGAAUCUACGUCCUUGCGGCAGACGAAUUGAUAGCAAACUAGUUGAGAUUAUCAGUAGUUUGAGUGCUAUCAAGAAAGAUUGUGGCGGCAUUGGUUCUUAA